UGACUAUCUCAUAUUUGUAACGCCAACUCACUAAACUCCUUUAAUUUUUAGCAAACAUGUUUUUAAGGUUAUUUAUUUUACUUAGCACUUAUAAUCUUGUUAUAGGUGUGAUGUUUAAUAUAAAGCCAAACGGUCAAAAGUGUUUAAAGGAAGAUAUACAGCCAAACCAGUUGGUUAAAGGAGAUUAUGAGGUGACCACUGUCCCUGGACAGUUGAUUGACUACAUUGCUAGAGAUACCAAAGGACACAUAUUGUCGAAAGGUGAACACAUUACGAAAGGAAAGUUCACCUUCAUGUCUGAGGUCUAUGAAACUUACGAGAUCUGCUUCAUUUCAAAAGUUCCGCCACAUCAAAGAGGAAUUGAGCAGGAAAUUAAGUUAGUUACUAAAAAAGGAGUAGAGACAAGAAGCUAUGAAGGGAUACAAGAAGCUGCAAAGCUCAAACCGAUGGAAGUGGAACUAAAACGAUUGGAAUACUUAUCAGACUCAAUUGUCAGAGAUUUUGCGUUAAUGAGAAAACGGGAGGAAGAAAUGAGGGAUACAAAUGAGAAAACCAAUAGUCGUGUACUAUUUUUCAGCAUAUUUAGCAUGUGUUGCUUACUUGGUCUAGCUACAUGGCAAGUUUUAUAUUUACGCAGAUAUUUUAAAGCCAAAAAGCUUAUUGAGUAAUGAAACUGAGUAUUUUUUAAGUUCCAGUGUAUUAAGUUGAAAUUUACUCAAAAAUAAAAUACUACCUUCGUAAUAAUAUCAUA